AUGUCUGAUGUUCUAGCUUUUGCAGAAAUAGUGCAGGGCUAUAUUCAAUCGCUAGAAGAACUCAAAGAGACAAAAUUCGAUAGUAAUAGUGAAUUGUUCUCUGAAGUGUCCCAGGAACUUGUCAGAUCCAAGGAAUUACUGCUACAGUUACAGGAGAGGGAGAAUAUACUGAAAUUGAGAGAAUCAGGACCAGAUUCAGAGUCACCACCAUUACCAGAGAUUAAUGGUGAUAUAGUAGAGACUUUGUCAUGUGUUAUCACAGACGAUAAUAUAACGAACGUAUCACUUGUUGGCGAAGUUGCCAUCAAUGGUACCAAGUGGGAUCAAAGAACGAGUGAUUUGUAUAUGAAAUUCAAUAAUGUUAGUUCCGUUAAGAUUAACGACACAUUCCUGGAGCCAGUGGAUGUGGUUCAGAAUAUAUACAAAUUGAAACGUGAACGCGAAUGGGACAACGUGGUUACAGGAUUAGUGAAAUAUGCAGUGACAAAUUUACCACAGGUUCAAUGUCCGAUUCUAGUGACACCCGUAUGGCAGUUCAAAGAGGCCGAGAUCAUCUCAAUGAUCAAUUUAAGACCUUUAAUUCCUGUCAAUUAUACACUAUUGAAAGUUUGUAUAAAGAUAGGCACCAAGGCCCAAGAUAUUUUAUCUAAACCUACUGGAUUUUAUAACCAAGUGGAUGGUACCAUCCAAUGGGAUCUGCCCAUGCUGGAACAGGAUCAGAUUCUGAUUUUGAGAUAUAAAGGUGGACAACGAACCGAUGUUGUCACAUCUCAAGCAAUUGGGCCACCGCAUGUUCGUAUAGAUUUUACCGCAUCACAGCUGUUGACACAGGUUAACGUGGAAUACGGAUAUUCACCAACCAGAUUAACGGACCUGCCGUUAAACGUAAUGACUAUUUCUGGGAACUAUAAGGCCCAGUGA